AUGAGUCAUUUGUCAUGUAAUAAUGAUAUUAUUCGAAAACCGAGGCAACUUUCUGGUGCAAUUCACCCCCCCCAGCCGAAACCAUUAUGCACUUCAAUCAGCAACUUGGACGCCAAUCAAAGAAACAAGCCAGAAUUGCAUUUUAAUCUUAUGAUAUGCACACGGAUAUAUUUAGGAUGA